CUCUCAACACAGUGCAUGCCUUAUCAGUGAUGCACUGGGCCUGUAUUAGUACAAGGUAUUAUACACUGUACUUUUUUGCAGUGGUGUGACUCUCGGAAGCGUUGUGUUGGGUUUUUUCUACCACCAGUGAUGCAGUGAGACCACGUAUUUAGUCGUCACAUCCAUGUGGUGGCCUAUGCAUGCUAUUUGAAGAGUAUAGUUCAUUUGUGUACCACUGUGACCCUGUGAUUAUAUUUAUACACAACUGAGUGUAGAAAUACUGUGGUUUGCAAUCGUUGGAAUAGCAUUCUUUGGAUUAUGACAGGUUUGUUGGACUUUUAUUUAAGGUGGAUUUGACAAUCAGUUGUUUAACCAUAGAGGAAGGUUUAACCACCCGCUCUUCGGAUCCAGUCAACAAUGCCAGCAAUCACUUAACUUGAGGGAUCCUACCCUAGCGGAGAUGCACAUAAUGUAGGGAGUGUGUUCCAAUUAAAUUUGACAUCCACGUACGUACAUUACAUGUACACACAGGUUUGUUGUAGCAGCCAUUUGUGAACGACUAGAUACCUGUACAUGACAUAGUAGAGUGAGUGUGUGCUGUGCGGGGAUGCUCCAGGUGUUAUCAAUAAUGGAAAAUACAUGAAAACAAUAAGCGAAGUCAGUCAUCGGAGUAUUUUUUGUCAACGCUUUUCGGUGUUGGGAGAGAGGCCAUGGGGAAGCCGUCAAAACAUUCCGCCAUGGGACGUCCGGCUUCUACCGUUUCAUCACAGAACAUGAAGGCAGAUCCGGAGCAACUGUUUGCCAAGCUUGACCGCAUCGGCAAGGGCUCUUUCGGUGAGGUCUUCAAGGGGAUCGACAACCGGACGAAGCGCAUCGUCGCCAUCAAGAUCAUCGACCUGGAAGAGGCCGAGGACGAGAUCGAGGACAUACAGCAAGAGAUAACAGUCCUCAGUCAGUGUGAAUCGUCGUUUAUCACAAAGUACCAUGGUUCAUAUCUCAAGGGUAGCAAGCUAUGGAUCAUCAUGGAGUAUCUGGGAGGGGGGUCGGCGCUGGAUCUCCUCAAGCCGGGCAGGAUGGAGGAGGUGUUCAUUGCCACUAUUCUAAGAGAGAUCCUGUAUGGGCUCCACUAUCUACACACUGAGAGAACGCUACAUAGAGAUAUUAAAGCUGCGAAUGUAUUACUGUCGGAGAGCGGUGACGUGAAGCUAGCAGAUUUUGGUGUCGCGGGGCAAUUAACGGACACACAAAUGAAGAGGAAUACGUUUGUAGGAACGCCAUUUUGGAUGGCACCCGAGGUGAUAAAACAGUCUGCCUAUGAUGCUAAGGCUGAUAUAUGGUCGCUCGGCAUCACAGCGAUCGAGCUGGCCAAGGGGGAGCCUCCACACUCUGAUCUUCACCCAAUGAGGGUGCUGUUCCUCAUCCCUAAGAACAAUCCGCCUACACUGGAGGGGAACUACAGCAAAGCCUUCAAGGAUUUUGUAGAUGCCUGUCUCAACAAAGAUCCUGCCUUUAGACCCACAGCCAAAGAAUUGCUCAAGCAUAAAUUCCUGAAGAAUGCAAAGAAGACGUCUCACUUGACGGAACUUAUCGACAAGUACAAGAGGUGGAAGGCUGAAGGGAAUGAGUCGGAUUCUGACUCGGAUUCAGAUCAUGGUGAUGAGAGGUUAGGCGGCGAUAACGACACAGACUCUGGAUGGAGGUUCGAUACCGUUCGGGGGAAUCCAAACGUACCCAACGUUUCUCAACACGUCAGCAAUCAUCCGAACGAAAUGAGCGUUGAAGAACGCGAAGUACCCGUCCAGCGACAACCCAAGUCGGAAUCCCUCAAUUCCCUGCUGGUGCCUUUACUAACAAAACUCAAAACAAAAUACCAAGGGACGGAAGCCCCCGGGGCGUCGACGGCGAUAGACCAGUUGAAAAUAGCGUUUGACUUAUCAGAGGAGUCGUACCCAGGAAUCUGCGACCGGCUAGUCCAAAAGGUCGUCACAAGAGUACGAGAUAGCUCCUUGUCGUCAUCGUCAACGACCGCUAACGCCAAAUAAAAGAGUACUGCAAAAUCAGCGCCCAGCAAACGGGUGCCAUCUGACUGUUUGAGAGACUUGGCUCUCCAUACAUAACAGCAGUCUAGACAAUCAAGAAAAACUAAUAAUGUAUAUAUUUAUAUAUAUAUAUGAAGUGAGUGUUUUGACACACUUGGUCCUCCAUACGUCUGGACUAUUGGAGGGCCUAAUUGACUGUGACAGUGUCAUAGAUAAAAAACAAAUGCAUCAUUCGUGUGCUCUGGAUUUUUUAAAUUUUUUUGGAGGAGGAAAUGUCAGUGAAGGGUUCCUGCCAACGUUACUACAGUGGAGGUAUCUCAAGGAAAAUUCAAUAGCGUGUGUCUGAUUGGCAUGAUGAGACCAACAGAGGGCGACAUUAUGCGUAGAACCCCAAGAAAUUGACAGUGAACCAACGUCCAUGAAAAGGUUCCUGCGAACGUUUACUACAGCAGAGGUUUCUCAGGAAAAAUCUUGGCCCAUUGCUUCUGAUCUCUAAUGGUGUGAACCACUUGUUGGUGUGUGUAUGAUUGGCAUAAUGAGACCAACAGAGGGCGACCUCAUGCAGAGAACCUCAAAAGGAAUUGACAGUGAACCAAAAGCAUCCACUUGUAAAGUAAAGAAGUUUUUCAUCACCUCGUUAGAAGUAGAAGCGUAUCCUGAGGUCGGGAUGUGUGUGUUUGAUUGGCAUAAUGAGAUCAAACAGAGGCCAGAUCAUGCAGAGAACCACAACAGGAGUUGACAGUGAACCGACAGCAUCCACUUGAAAAGUAAAGAAGUUUUGUUAUCACCUCAGUAGAUGUGUAAAGCAUAUCCUAAAGUCGGGAUGGAGAACAACUGUUGCCUUCUCAAGAAGCCUGAACUUAAAACCGACUCCUGGAAUCUUGGAAGGUUGGUGUCCCAGGGAACUCGGUCUGCCAGAGAGUCUGUCCCCCAUCAUACAGGAAAUUAACAUGGGCUAGAAGAGGAGGAUUUAAAAGAGGGCGCUAUCAGAAGAAGUUUGUACACAGU